UCGCAUCAAAUCAGAGGGCUGCGCUCACCGGGAGACCCCCGCGUCACCCGCAGCUCCUGAAGACUAGAACUCGCCUCUCCUAGCUCCUCCCCUCAGUCCCAUUUAAAACUCCCACCAGCUUUACCGAAAAAUUAAGAGUGGGUUCAGUUUCUUCAGCGCCUUCUUCCACUGCAAGAUGAACACCGUUCUGCCUUGCCAAGACCAGUACUUUGUAGGAGGCCAGAGCUACAAUUGCCCGUAUUCCUCUGCAACGUCAGAAUCUGGUGUUGACGUUUCCACGGAUACUUGGGUCUCUUUCUGGGCUGCUGGUCUCCUGGACAACAGAGAGUCCCAACAAGCACCACAGGCACAGGAAUCAUCUAGUGACUCGAAUUUCCCCCUUUCUAACUCUUGUUCGUGGGAAGAGGCUCAGCUUUCCUCUCAGCUCUACAGAAACAAGCAGCUACAAGAUACUCUAGUGCAGAAGGAAGAAGAACUUGCUAGGUUACAUGAAGAGAACAAUCACCUCAGACAAUACCUGAAUUCUGCUUUGGUGAAAUGUCUUGAGGAAAAAGCCAAGAAAUUGCUCUCAUCAGAUGAUUUCUCCAGAGCAUGUGGAAAAUUCAGGAAGGCGAAGAGGAAACCCAAAGAGCAAAGAUAUUUUCCUCUUGAGAUCCUCCACCGCAAAAAUGCCAGGAGAAACCUCUCUAGUGAGUUUGCUAACUGUGAAGAACAACCUGCCCCGCCAGUGGACCCCUGGGUCCUUAAAACACUUGGGUUAAAAGACCUCAACACCAUUGACGACACCUUAUCAGCUAACUACAGUGCCCUUUCCCCGCAUCCCAGAACAGUUACCAGUGCAUUUCCCCAGUUUUUAGAGAAUCCGGUUGAGUAUGGAAAUGCCCCCACGGAGGAUAUGCCAGUUGCCUACGGAGGUGAGAGAACAACAGCUUCCCACAGCACUGCCAGCCACGGGGAAGAUUUCCACUUCCUUUCUCAACUUUCAAAUCCCCCGGGAGGCCUGCCAGCUCUUCCUCACUAUACUUCUGAUGUGUCACCCAAUAAAACAGAGAUGGCCUUUUCCACAUCCCUGAGCCCUCACUGUAAUGUGAAAACUCAUUCCUUCCACCAGGGACAAGCCUUUGUCCGUCGAGAUGAGAAGGGAGGCUGGAAGUUUACCUGGGUCCCUAAGCAGUCUUAGUGACCCCUCCUCUAUCACAAAGGACUGCCAUGAACUCUGUUUACAAAGACCUCCCUUGCACUUGAACCUGACUGUGUGGAACACAGAAGCUAUUUCCCAGACGGUCUCCUGACACUUUAAAUGUCACCCUCAAUUACCCACUUAAAUCUGCAGGGAAUGGCUUCCAAGAUUCUGUAAUGAAGCGUGCCUGCUCUUCUUUCACCUAAAUUUGACUUGCUUACACACCAACACCUGCUGUUGACUUCUUCCCUGUACCCUGUACUUAAAAUUGUAUUUUCCAGUUGCCCAUAUAUUCCUUUGAGACCUACAUAUGCUGCUCCAAUUAUAACAAAUCUAACAGAUUUUCUCCUUUCAUCAAGCAGUUUAAGUGUUCACAGCUUUCAUGCUCUCACUUGUGUCCCUCUCCUGCUCCUCUUCACUUCUGGAAACUGCCUUUCGAACGAGCACUAUUUUUGCUCUCAGUACCUGCUAUUGAGUGCUCAGUUUGCUGGGGGUGGGGUGGAGACAAGUGUCUGCCCAUCACCGAGGCCCAAGGACAUAAUGCAGAUGUGAAUAGUAUUAUGUGUAGUGCAAUUCAGUAAGUUGAGUGUCACAGAGUGGAGUUGACAAAGUCUCUUCAAACAGCUGUAACUCCACUGACAAGCAAUGCCAGAGACAUUAAAAGCUAAAAGAAAAUUAAAGUUGCUUCAAAGUGCCCCAUGGUGUAUCAGCUUUGUAGGCACCUGGUAUUGUCUCUUUAAUGACUGGAGCCCCAAACAAGAAUGUUUUUGAGGGGCUUGUGGUAACAGAACAAGUUAUCAUCCUAAUUUUCUGAAUGCUGACAAACUUCCAUUCCUGAAAAUAUAGUCUACCCUAGUUCUGCCAAUGCCUCUCUCUCUCAUUGAUUUGUUCAUUCAUUCAUUCAUUCAUUUUUUCAUUCAACAACCCACUCAAAACAUUUGUAGAAUACCUACCAUGUAUCAGAUGCUGUGCUAUAAAGUGGAAAUAAAGUCUGAGUCUGUGAAGCACUGUGGCCACCUUUCUGAGACCUCAGAGCCACACAGCUGCUGCUUCCCCAGUGUGAGAAUUCUGUUUCCCCAGCUGCACAGUGCACAGAAUUUGAACUAGAUAAUCACUAAUAUUCCAUGAUUUGAGGCUGGGUCCCAUCACCUUUACUCCAGCACUGCCAUCCCGGGGCACCAUUCUCUCUAGUUUUCGCAGUCACUGCGGAUAUGUUGGGUGGACUUUAUAUAUAAUUAAAAAGAAAUGUUAUUUGAGUCAUUUGUUGUUAACUCUAGAAUUCAGUGUUGGAUUGUAGUAUUUUUUUAUAUGAGCCCAUUUUGCAGAUUAAUUUGGACUAUGUGAGAAUAGCUUGCAUCGAACAAAUAGAGACAUUAAUUUUUAAAUAAGUGUGCAUAGAUUUAGUGCAAAUGUUGUCAUCAAAGAUUUAUCUCUUUCUACAUGAAAAUAUAUUCUUAGUGCUCAUGUUAGUUCUCUUGAAUCCCCUAAGCCCCCUAUCCUUCUUAGAAUAAUUUACAUAAUACAGAUGUGUGCCUGCUUAUUUGGACCAAAUUAUAGUUAAUGAUAUAACCCACCAUGUUGAACCUUUUCCCCACUUUUUUCCCACCUCUCAAUAAGUCACCUUGUACAAUCAAUGCCUGAGAGCAAAAGUAUGCUUUUGUCAAUGUUGUUUGUUUGGUUUUUUUUGUCUUUAU